AUGAGACGGCUCAUGGCAGAGACAGAGCUGGCUCCAGCUGCUGCUCUUGCCCUUCUCUGUGGUUCGACAGCAGCUGUAGUGGUCUGGAAAUGGCUGGGCAAAAGGCACAUCCAGAAGAAGAUGGAAGAGGCUCGAAGGAUGCGGGAUGAAGGUGUGAAGAAAAUGGCAAAAGCUGUCCAAGAGUUCAGGGAGCAGGUCCCCAGUGACAAGACAGAUGCCAUCCUGUCCCUGCCCCUGCUGGAACUCUCUGGAAGGUUGCAGGAAGGGUCUCUGUCCCCCAGGACAGUCCUUUACACUUACAUACAGAAGGCCCUGGAAGUGACCCAGCAGACAAACUGCGUGCAGUGUUUUAUCCCAGAGUGUGAAGAGCAGCUCCAGGAAAUAGAAAAGCAGAGGGAGAAAGGACUUCUCUAUGGCAUUCCUGUCAGCAUCAAGGAUCACAUUGGCCACGAGGGGCAUCUAUCAACCUGUGGGCUCGUGAAGUUCCUUGGCAUUCCAGAGAAGGAGGACAGUGUCCUAGUCAAGGUUCUGAAGAAACAAGGGGCCAUCCCAUUCGCUAAGACCAAUGUGCCACAAUCCCUCUUCAACUAUGACUGCAGCAAUCUCAUUUUUGGCCAGACUCUGAACCCCCUCAACCACCAGAAGACCCCUGGGGGCUCCUCAGGAGGGGAGGGAGCUCUGAUUGCAGGGGGAGGCUCCCUCCUAGGCAUUGGCUCGGACAUCGGUGGUAGCAUCCGUCUUCCAUGCAGCUUCUGUGGGCUGUGUGGGCUCAAACCCACAGCCAAAAGGCUCAGUCUGUCUGGAAUAAGUGGCCCAGUCGAUGGGAUUGUGUCAGUUCUGUGUGCACUGGGGCCGAUGGCAAGGGAUGUGGACAGCCUGGCCCUCUGCAUGAAGGCACUGCUCUGCGAGGAGAUGUUCCGGCUGGAUCCCACCGUGCCCCCCAUCCCCUUCAAUGAGGAGGUGUACUCAAGCUCUGCUCCCCUGCGGAUCGGAUACUACGACACAGAUGGUUACUUCCCAUUGCCUCCUUGCAUGCAGAGGGCAGUGCAUGAAACCAGGGAGGCUCUUCAGGCAGCUGGGCACGAGCUGGUGCUCUUUUCUCCACUUCACAUCCACCAUGUCAUGACUGAACUGUUUUUGAAAACAUUUUUUGCUGAUGGAGGCCGUGCUUGGUUGGAUGUGUUUACAGGAAAUAUUGUAGAUCCAAGCUUAAAACCCCAGGUGAAUUUCUGCAGGAUCCCAAGGCUUGGGAAGAAGAUGCUGGCUCUGAUUCUUAAACCUCUGUUUCCCCGCAUGGCUGACUAUCUGAACGCCUUGUGUGGCAUGAGGUCAGUGAAGGAGAUGUGGGAUCAUCAGCAUCAAAUAGAGGUGUACCGCUCUGAGUUCAUCGCCCAAUGGAAGGAACUGCAGCUGGAUGUCAUGCUGUGCCCUGUGCUGGGGCCAGCCUUCACCAUAGGGUUCCCUGGGAAACUCCUCUCUGCCAUCUCCUCUACGAUGCUGUACAACGUCCUCAACUUCCCCGCCGGGGUCGUACCCGUCAGCACGGUGACAGAGGCUGAUGAGGAAGAGCUGAAGCUUUACCGAGGAUGCUGUGAUGACCUCUGGGACAGGAUGCUGAAGCAGGCUGUGGAAGGAGCCGUGGGGCUGCCCGUGGCCGUGCAGUGUGUGGCAUUGCCAUGGCAGGAAGAGUUGUGCCUCCGGUUCAUGAAGGAGGUGGAGACCCUCAGCCGAGCAAAGAGAGCAGUGUAGCCACUCCAGUCCCACCUCAGCAGGGUGGGAAGGGGUCAGCUCUGUGUCACUUCUCUCUUUUUUAAUCAGAAGGGCAUAGAAUUACAGUAAGGAGGGAAGGAAGAAAGAAAAGCUAUUUCCUGCCCCUCUUCUUGGUGACAAGCACAGAUCCUGUUAAAGGACACAGCCCAUUUCCUCAGUAGCCAUUACAAGGGCUGUAAGUCUGCCUUCUUGUCCUGUCUUGGCUGAGACAUCGCUGGACUCACCUCUAAAUAGCCAAGCAGCUGAGGCAGUGACCAAAACAUCAGCAUAAAGCCUGCAGCACUUCAUCACUUCAUCACACUGAUGAAGACUUCACAGCACCAAA